AGUAGUGAGAGUAAAACUCAGUUGCUUGUGAGAGCAGCAGUUCAUAAGUGCAUGGCAUGUCAGGGACGCCAGGCAACUCUACAUUUCAUCACUCCUCUCUACCAUGAUCAACACUUACCAGACCAGCCUGGCUCCUCCGCCGGUGCCUCCGCGCCUCAACAGGUCCCACCCGGUCCUCAUCCCAGCUCCACUUCCAUCACCAGGCCACAACAAGCCUCUCAUCCGAUUCUUGGUUGGUGUAGUGGUGCUGCAUUUAUUGCUGUCUGUUGGAGGAUUCAUCUAUCUGUACACUGAAAAAAUGGAAAAACAAUCACCACAAAAUCCUCCCUCAACUGAAGGAGGAAAAGCUGCCUUUCACUCGGCAGAAAAACAGGAAACUUUCUACAAAGCCUUGGCAGGCAUGGUGGUUCUCUCGGAAACAGCAGAUAAAGCUACAUCUGGUUAUCUCCAGUGGGACACGAACCACUCAGUUCGUAGGAACAUCAACUAUUUCUAUGGCAGUUGGUUGACCGUCCUGCAGUCUGGUGACUACUACGUCUACUCCAGGGUGACAUUCUCCAAGGGUGACGCGGUGAACCCACUGACCAGCAGAAUCAUGCUGAGGAAGAGCAAGACAGAAAAGGAAAAGAUUGUGAUGCAGGCCUACUGCAGCCUGGGCAGCCACCCUGGGAAAUCGUCUGGUCUGUGCACGGCCACACAGGGAGAGGUGAUCAGACUGGAGAAGGGAAACCAGCUCGGUGUCUGGACAGAAAACCUUUCACUGGUGAGCUAUACUGAAGGAGCCACAACCUUUGGGAUGUACCAACUGUAGGACUUUUAUAUGAGCAUGUGCACGGACCUAAGCUGAAGACUUUUUAGGUGGAUGGACUUGGAUAUAAAUCUACUGAGAACACUGUUAAAUACUCUGGAUCGGUAAUCAUUUUCAUGGAUUUCAGAGACAAAGACCACAUUCCUAAACUAUAAUUUAUUAAAUUAGAUAUAAUUGUGUGUUGUAUUUCUGUGGUAGUAUUGAGAAUGGUUGUUCUGUAUUUAUUGAUGUAAAUGAGAAUGUAUGACUGUGAAAUGAAACUUUUCUAUUUAAUCUAAAAUAUUUCUUCUCUCAUCAGUUUGUCUUGCAUCUACCCAUUUAAGGAGAGAGUUAGAAGUAAAGGAGAUACAGACAUUAGACUAAAGCACCACAUAUUAUAUAUUUUUAGUGUUGGAUUACACCGGCAUACUGUGUGCACAUGCAGAAUAUUUUAAAUAGUGUAAAAAAAAAAGAUGUGUUGCCAUUUUUGGUUAAAAAAAAGAAAAAAGUUUUAGUCCUAAAAAUAAUCAGUGUUGAGAUGCUUAAGGGUCAGGGUUACCAAACAGGUUAAAAAUAUUCAGGUCAUCAUUAUGAGCAUAGUUAAAUUUGUUGAAGACCACCAAUACUCUUCUGACAUAACCAAAAUAAUCCUCUAUUUCCUACUCAAAACUCAGACUUUUAUCAUCAUAAUGUACAAAACCCACUGCAUGGUGUGUUCUAGUUCAGUCUGUUCCACUAUGGUUUUGAAUUUCUAGGACACAGGAAACCACACGGCAAACAUGCAUCUUCUCAUGAUGUUAAGCCACAAGAAACAAGACCAUUCAAGAUGUAGGUUACCUCUUUAGAGGGUUAACUAUCAUCAUUAAUACCUAUCAUUUUGAAAGUGUAUGUGUGUAUUUAUAUACAUAUAUAUAUAUAUAUCUAUGUGCAUCAAACUGCUUGUGGUUUUCAGUGGUAUGGGAAAGAUCACCUCUGUGGGAAACAAUUUCAGUGUCAGCAUGUGAUUAUUUUAAGGACAACGCAAGUGUUUUUCUAAAUCACCUACAUGUUAUUCUACUGCUGAUAAUUAUCUCAAAGCAAGCUGCAGACUUUCCACUUUUGUCAUAUAUUUUUCCCUCUUUCCAAGCAGCCAUUGGUUUCCAUUCAUUUCCAUACAGUGCAUGAAUCAUUAUUAUUUUUCAGACUCUUGAAACUUGAGUUGUGUAAUCCAUCACAAUGAACUUUUUUCAUUCCUGCUCUUUACUGUUGUGCUGGUACAGUACACACAAAUGACUAUAGUCAUUAUAUAUUCCACAGAGUUAAGAUUCACUGUGAUGGAUUACACUACUAAAGCAAUAUUUGAGUCAGUGCCAUUUGAUUACUAUGUAAAAUUGAAUUUAGACCAUUGGCGGCCUAAAAGGGAGGAAAAAGUAUUACAAAAUCUGAAACACUACAGCAUGGUUUUUGAUAGUUUUCAGUAAUGUGAAGUAUUCUGGAUUUGUAGUAAAUGAAAGGGGGAAAACAUGAAAAAUCACCUGUGUAAAUACACACGUACAGUUCAGACGCUGACCUGUUUUUUUAUUUAAUCACUUCCUACACCAUGUUCUACAGGUAUGAGUUAAAAGUAACUUUAACCUGUUUGGUGACUAAUACAAGGUUUUAAAAAUACUGGGUGAGUAAUCUAAAAAAGUUCUACCCCUCCUUGCAAGACAUCAAAAGUAGAAUGCAAUGCAGUGCAAAUCUAAAGUCAGCACUUCAGACAGUGUUUCACAUGAGUAGAACAGCAUGGAAAAUGUGAAUAUCUAUGGAGGUGUGUACAGAUGCAGAGGCGACGCACUCUCACAGGAUGUCAUCUAUUCUAGUCACUCCUUCCAUGUAAAGGGUUUCUUGCUACCGAAUCUGAAUCAACCUACAAAUUCCUGAACCGCACAUGUGCUGAGUGCUGCAUGGAAAAGCCUCACUUGGUGGAUUUUCCAGUAUGAAUGAGGGAACACUCGGUUCAUGCCGUGUGGUUCGUAAAACGGGUUUGAAAUCUUUUGGAGUUUUCCAUUUCUCACUUUGUGAAAUUGAUGUCGAAAGUUAAACUCCACUUGUUAUAUUAAAUUUUUAAUAAAAGAAUGACCAUACCAAACAUAAAGUACAGAGUGUCUAGAAAAAAAAGCAAUACAAUACUUGCAACAACAAUAAUUGCAUAGAACAACCUUUCAAAAAUAAUACACACAGUGGUCUGGAGACGUAAUUUCAAAUAAAGAAAGAUGAAACCGGAGUUCAGCCCCCUCCCACCAGUAAGUGCUCACUGAGGCUAUUGGGAAUUGAAAACUACAGUAAGUUAUACUUGAUGAAAACAAUUUAAAAUACAGAAAAAGCAACGUUAAUCUCAACAGCAAAGAUAUGAUGAGACAGAGUCACACAUCUUUACAGGUGGUGGAGUCUCUGUAAGAGAAUCUGCUUGCUAACUGUAUGUCCAGACAGGAACAGUGCACCUGUGCAAGAAUUUACCUUGCUUUAGUGCCCUCGAGCAAGACAGCGACUCUGCUGCAGGUGUACCAGUGCUGCCUUGUACCCUACACAGUGCUCUGACCUCCCUGUAAAGAGGUGCACCAAAAACAGCACUUCCCAACAGGGGUUGUACAGUAUUACAGUAUUAUUACAUUUUGUAUCAUUUGUAAUGAAAAUUUGGACCUGGUCAGCGAAACUUGAAACAAUCAUCAAUAGCAAGAGACUUGAUUAAAUAAAGGCAAAUGGAACAUAAUGAGCAGCCUAACAGCGUGGUGGCUAAACCACAUGGCCUGGCCCUUUUGGUUAAUAAAUUGGGUUAAUUCAUUCAUUAUUGCAGUUUAUCCAAAUCUGGCCAACCAUGCUGGGACUAACCCAGAGGUCAGUCAGUAAAGCAGUCACUUAUUGCAUUUCAAUAGCAUCCACUGCUGCUCUGCAGUAGAUAACAGUGUUGACAGUGCACACACAGCUCAACCACAUGAGGAAAUGUACCGCUGUGGGUCCUUGCAAAGAGGCUGCAUCUUAAAUAGCAAGCAGAGCCCUGUUUGUUUUUUCAGACCCGAUAUACGACCAAUAAGCUUGAGCCAUUCUCAUUAAAAUAUUACAACUAUCCAUCUCCGACACUUUCAGUAUAAAUCACGCGUUUAGUCCCAGUCUGGUCUUAAACUCUCUUUAAGUUUAUUGACCCCUUUGGGAGGCACUUAAACAGUUGAGCUCUACUCUAUGCCAACAAAUAAAUCUCUCCGUUUAUUUCCUCAGUCUGUCUCCAUCAGCUCUGCGGGAACUUGCUAGGAGGCCGUAGAGGAUGCACACAAAAACCUCAGACUCAUUAUUUAAGUCAUAUUUCCUCUUUUGUGAUGAAAAACAUGUCUAUUUUCCCUUGGCCAUACAAGGAUAUUU